AUGGACGAUCACGACCCCGAGCAUCCCCACUACCCUAAAUGCUACCGCCGUCUCGGCCCAGAUGUCAUCCGCGUCUUCGAGCUCGAAGCCGGCAGGCCGUCGGAUCCCAUCACCGGGCGGCUGGUGCCCCAGACAAUCGACGGGCAGCCCUACGAAGCCGUGUCGUAUGUGUGGGGCAACGGCCGCGACCGCCGCGACAUCGCAAUUAGCGGCGCCACCCUGUCCGUCACGGCGAGUCUUCACGGAGCCCUCGCCGCCUUCCGAUAUGGGCCCGAGUCUGGGAAGAGCAGCAGCAACACCACGAGAUGGGCGCAACGGCACCGAGGCCAAGUGCGCCGGCUGUGGGCCGACGCCCUGUGCAUCAACCAGGAGGACCUGCCCGAGCGCACGUCGCAGCUGGAGCUGAUGGGCCGCAUCUUCGCCGGCGCCCAGCGCGUGCUCGCCUGGCUCGGCUGGGAACAGGGCCAGGACGGCCGCCGCCACACUCGCGCCGCCAUCCGCUUCAUCCAUUCCUUCAUGGAGGACCCCGAAGCCGGCCUGCGCGACGCCCGCAUCCUCCUCCACGACGACGUGGCCGCCCUGAUGGCCGACCCCGCUUCUCGCCCCGCCGCCCUCGCGUCCGAGCACGACCGGCGCCGGUUCCAAGAGCAGUCGCGCAUGUGGGAGAACGUCAAGGCCUUCUUCGAGAUCAAGUACUUCCACCGCACCUGGAUCGUCCAGGAGCUAGGCCUCGCCCGCAAGGCCAUCAUGUACACGGCGGUCAAGCCCGCCAUGGGUGACUGGGACCAGGACCAGAGCCACGCCCUGGAGCUAGACUACAUCGACUGGGCGCUGGUGGGGCGAUUCGCCAGGUUCGUCGACUACAGCGGCGCGUCGCUCGUGACGCACCUCAACCUGCUCUCGUGGGUGACGCACCACAUCCUGAUGGUGUGGGAGAUGCGGGCCGACGACGGCACGCCGGCAUGCGACUUCCUGACGGGCAUGCACUGGACGCGCAUCCUUGGGGUGACGGACGCGCGCGAUCGCGUCUACGGGCUGCUGGGCCACCCGCUGGCCGUCACCGCCGACGGCCACCUCGUGGCGCGGCCCGACUACACGGUCACGCGCGGCGUCGUGUACACGCGGCUGGCCGCCGGCUUCGUGCGCCGCACCGGCAACCUGGCCGCUGUCAACCUCGUCGACCACGAACACGGCCCGCCGCUGGCGGCUGCAGGACGGUCCUGGGACCCCGCCGACGACGGCCGCAUGCCCAGCUGGGUGCCCGACUGGCACAGCAUCAACCGCACCACGCCGCCCGACUACUGCGUGCCCGCGGCCGCCGCUGACGACCGCGCCGGCAUCCGCAUCACCGGCGGAGACGGCGAGAUCCAGGGCGCCGCGGGCACGCCGCUGCCGCAGCUGCUGGCGCGCGGCUGGCUGGUCGACGAAAUCGCGGCCGUGUCGCCGCGCAUGGAGACGACCGACUUCCCCGUGACGAACCUCGCGCGCGAGCGCGCCAAGACCAACCCCUUCUGGCUCGACCGCGUCUGGGAGCUGGUCUUUGUUCCCGCCGAUGCGCCAGCUGACGGCGACGGCGACGGCGACGCGCUCGCCGUGCUGGACACGCUGUCGCUGGCCCUGCAGCAGGGCACUAGGGAGAGCGACCAGCCGACGAGCGCGGUGGCGGGGCCCCAGCCGAAUCUGGCCGAGCACCGCCGCUCGUUCGCCGCCUACGUGCUCGAGUACCACGAACUGUGGCGCAGCGCCAACGACGGCGACGCGGCGGCGGCGGCAGCCAGCAGCCAGCAGCAGCACCAUCGCCAUCACCACGACCUGCCCGCGCGCUCGCUCUACGCCAGCCUGCCGUCGGCGGCGCAGGCCGAGCUGCGGCGGCGCGCGGCCGGCGGCGCCACGAGCGGCGCCUUCCUCGAGUGCAUGACCUGGCCGGCCAUGUGCCGCGUCGUAUACCGCACGGCCGCCCACGGCCUCGUCGGCAUGGGCUCGCGCGUCGCCCGCCCCGGCGACCUCGUGUGCCGCGUGCGCGGCUCGGCCGUGCUCAUGACGCUGCGCCCGCUGCUCUUGGACGAGGACUCGUCUGAUGAUGAUGACGAUGACGAUGACGAUGACGAUGAUGGCAGCGGCGGCGCGCCCAUUUCUUGCGCUUUUGUCGGGCCCACUGUCGUGCCGGCGCGCAUGAAGAGUGGCGUCAUCGACGGCGGCGAGUUUGGCGAGCGAGCCGCUCGCUUUCGCAUUGUCUAGAUAAGGAAGUGAGGUAAUGUCGGCUUUUGAUUGUUUGUCGUCACAUGCGGAUGACUUUUAUGUGUGAGUGGAUUUGUUUGCUCUGAGUUGAUUUGCUUGCGCUGUGGGUGGAUUUGUUUGCUCAGUCACAAGUG